AUGGCCCCUGUCGUCGUCUCCUCCGACACAAAUCAACGGGUCACUAACCUGCUGCACAGGCUCGAGGCCGCCACCUCGCGCCUCGAGGACAUUGCCUCCUCAACCAUCGAAAUCCCCCAGGCCGUGCCCGCCCUCAAAGAGACCCUCGCCUCGCCUCCUCCCACCUCCAAGGCCAUACCCGAUGCGCCCUCCCAUGCGCCCUCGGCCUCCGACGAGCCUCUGCCCGAUUCGAUCGAGGACUUCGAUGCCUUCCUCAAGUCAUCCGUCGAGAACUACUCCAAGCUCAGCCAGGCCAUUGGUGGACUCAUCGCUGAGCAAGCUGCCAAGGUCGUCCAUGGCUUCCAGGAGGAGCGCAAGUUCCUCUUGAUAACAACAAAGGCCAAGAAGCCCAACAUGAGCAACGGCGAUGACAUGGCUGCGUACCAGACACUUCUCAAGCCCAUCAACGAGUCCCUCAUGGCUGUUGUGAAUAUUAAGGAAUCAAACAGAGGCUCACCCGUCUCUAACGAGCUCAAUGCGGUCGCUGAAGGCAUCAUGAUGUUGGCCUGGGUGACGGAUGAGGGCAAGCCGCACAAGCAUGUUGACAACACGCUGGGGUCUGCACAGUACUAUGGUAACCGAGUGAUUAAGGACAACAAGGAAAAGAACCCCCAGCAGGUCGCAUGGAUACAAGCCUUCCACCAGAUCUUCAAAGACCUGAGCGAAUAUAUCAAACAGUACUUCCCCUCUGGUAUCCCAUGGAACGCUCAGGGCGCACCUGUCCAGGAGGUGGUCAAGGCAGCUUCCACUUCUGCGGCGCCGGCUUCUGCGCCAGCACCUCCUCCACCAGCCGCCGGCGGCCCCCCGCCACCUCCGCCACCAGGGCCCCCACCAGUCCUCCAGAUCAACGAAAAGAAGGAAGCUCCCAAGGCGGCAGGUGGUCUUGACGCGGUGUUCUCAGAACUCAACAAGGGUGAGGCUGUCACCGCGGGCCUGCGCAAGGUGGAUAGGUCCCAAAUGACGCACAAGAACCCCUCGCUGCGCGCCAGCAGCACGGUUUCCGACACCAGGGGUAAGAGCCCUGCGCCAGGGAAGAAGCCGAAGCCAGAAAGCAUGCGGGCGAAGAAGCCGCCGGUCAAGACCUUCGAGGGCAACAAGUGGACGAUCGAGAACUUCGAGAAGGAGGCGAAUCCUAUCGAGAUCGAGGCCUCGCUGUCGCACUCGGUCCUGAUCAGCAGAUGCAACAACACGACGAUCAUUGUCAAGGGCAAGGCCAACGCCGUGUCGAUCGACAACUCAAACCGGCUCAACCUGAUUGUGGACACCCUAGUGUCCUCCGUCGACGUGGUCAAGUCCCAGAACUUUGCGCUGCAAGUACUGGGCACAAUCCCUACCGUCAUGAUGGACUCUAUUGAUGGCGCCCAGAUCUACUUCAGCAAGGAUAGCACGGCUACCAAGAUCAUCCACUCCAAGUCUGCGGGCAUCAACCUCAACGUUAUCUCUGGGCCGGACGAGGAUUACAUCGAGGUUCCCUUGCCCGGACAGAUCAGCUCGUACUACGACCCGGAGAAGCAGGCGCUUGUGGAUGAGAUUGUGUCUCAUGCUGGUUAG